GACACAUAAUAUAUAUUAUUAUUCAAGACAACAAGAAGAGGGACAUGUUACAUCCGGUGAGUGUCAUCAGGUAACGCUAAAAAAAUUAAUUUAAAAAAUGGUAGCCUCUUCUUCCUCCGAGAACAACGAGACCUGCUGCGGAGCUCGACCGACGGACACGGAGGAGGUUACGCCCGGGAUAGAGGCUCCUCAGACGGAUUGAGAGGUCAUGGAGACAGAGGGGCAGGACGGGGGGUCGAUAACCGUCGACUUAAACGAGAACGAAGAAGGAGAUAGAGGUGGUGAAGGAGGUGAAGAAGGAGAAGGAGGUGGGGAAGGACGUGGAGGUGGAGAAGGAGAAGGAGGUCACACAUCUUACACUGCACUUAAAGACCGGGGUAUAGGUCUGCUGGCCGGUGUCAGCAGGGGUCAGGAGGCGGGGAAGGGUCGUGGUUGUGUUUACGUGACCGGAAACGUUAACGGGAGGAAUGUAAACAGAGACGGCCCGACACAACAACAUCAACACCGGGAGAUCAUGUUGGAUCUGGUGGCGGUGGCAGCAGAGGAGGAGAGGAAGUUCCUCCCCAACACCGGGUUGGUUGACCACCGAGGCCUGAACGGUUUCACGGAGGAAGAGGAGGAGGAGAUGAAGAUGGUCGGUGUGGUGGUGGGUCAGGUUACCGGGGAGAGUGAAGGGACGGUGUUAUUAGACAAUGGUGCAGUUACCGGUUGUAUCCGUGCUUCUCUCCCCGGUGGCCUGCUACCAUGCUCUGGGAAACAGCAGCAGAACUGUGCCUCCACCCCUGCAGAGGCUCCAGAGGUUAACAUACCCAAUGGAGGUGUUGACAUGCCCCGGUGUGGAGGUACCGGGGCGGAGAUUGAGGGGUUUUCGGGGAAUCAGCAGCUGAACUGUGCCUGCACCCCAGUGGAGCAUCCAGAUUUAAACAUGCCCAAUGGAUGUGUUGACAGGAACUGUGCCUGCAGCCCUGCGGAUAUUCCAGAUGUAAACAUCCCCAAUGGGGGUGUUGACGGGCCCCGGUGUGGAGAUACCGGAGCGGAAAAUGAGGGGUUUCCUAGCCCAAAGCUGGGCCACGGACUGGGUUUAUGUGACGCGGAAGGUGAGGAGGUGACACCGGUGAUGGAUGGGCAAGAGGGGUCAGGGAUGGGGAUGGUGGUGGUGGGUCGGGUUACCGGGGAGAAGGAAGGGAUGGUGUUAUUAGACAAUGGUGCAGUUACCGGCUGUACCCAUGCUUCUCUCCCCGGUGGUCUGCUACCAUGCUCGGAGAAACAGCAUCUGAACUGUGCCUGCACCCCUGCGGAUGUUCCAGAGGUUAACAUACCCAAUGGGGGUGUUGACAUUCCCCGGUGUGGAGGUACCGGAGCGGAGAUUGAGGGGUUUUCUAGCCCAAAGCUGGGCCACAGACUCGGUUUAUGUGAGGUGGAAGGCGAGGAGGUGUCAAACGGUGGUUUACACAUUGUUAACACCGGCAGAGAAACAUGUGACCGGCCCGAGUCGGACUGUUCCCCCCAAAACUGUCAUUUAGACCCGGGGGUAAGGCAAGAAAACUGUAGCGAGGGUUUGGCUUCUGAGUGCCCCUGUGAGGAUGCUCCAGCUGCGGAGAAGCUUCCUCACACCCACCCCACCUCCUUAAAUAACUCCCCCACCCCUGCAUCAAGUGCCAAACUACCUUCUCCCUGCCCCUCUCCCCCCUCCAGCCAACUUUCUGAGCCCAUCACCAGGGGGGAGGAAGAAGAGGAGGAGGAUGAAGGAGAGGAGGAGGAGGAGGGUUUCAGUGACCUCAGUUUACCUGUUAGGCCGCACACUUUGAGGACUACCCCAAACCUCGCCGUGUCCCUCAGCUGUGAUGCCACCCCGCUGUCCCCCGAUGAGGAUGGGGGGUUUUACUUUGGAGACGAGGGGUACGAGGAGGACCUCCGGAGCGUUUUGGAGGCGGGUCGGAGGCAGAGUGCCCCGGAAACACUGCCAGACCUGACCGGGCAGACGGACAGCUCGGACUCCAAGCUGAUGCCAAAGAGGUUCGGCAUCGCAGAAUUCUUCACCAGGAGCCUGUUUUCUAGGAAAUCCAAAGAGCCGAAGGCGCCGUCCCAUAAUGCAACGGGGUGGCGACUGUUCGGCAAGACGUCGGCCAGAGAGGACGACGCAGCGAAAGAAGCCGACCCGUCCACACAGGAG